GCGGUGGGCGGAGCAUGUCGCGAUGAAUAUGUGCCAUGGGUCCCACGAGUGGCACCGUGAGGUGAUAAGGCAGGUGAGGAGGCUUAAUGAGGAGAAGGGGUUCGCUGUUGCCGUGAUGAUGGAUACCGAGGGGAGUGAGAUUCAUAUGGGGGAUCUUGGUGGGUCUGCCUCAGCUAAAACUGAGGAUGGUGAAAUAUGGACAUUUACUGUCAGAGCUUUUAGCUCACCACUCCCAGACCACACCAUCAUUGUCAAUUAUGAUGGCUUUGCUGAAGAUGUUGAGGUUGGUGAUGACCUUCUCGUUGAUGGAGGAAUGGUAAGGUUUGAGGUGGUUGAGAAGCUUGGACCGGAUGUUAAAUGUCGUUGUACUGAUCCUGGACUGCUGCUGCCACGGGCUAAUCUUACUUUCUGGAGAGAUGGUAGUCUAGUUCGAGAACGCAAUGCCAUGCUUCCUACAAUAUCUCCUAAGGACUGGCUGGACAUAGAUUUUGGGAUUGCUGAAGGUGUGGACUUCAUUGCAGUUUCAUUUGUCAAGUCUGCAGAAGUCAUCAAUCAUCUCAAAAGUUACAUAGCUGCUAGAUGUCGGGACAGUGACAUUUCGGUGAUCGCAAAAAUCGAGAGUAUCGAUUCCUUGAAGAACUUAGAAGAAAUCAUCCGGGCUUCAGAUGGAGCCAUGGUAGCACGAGGAGACUUGGGCGCUCAAAUUCCAUUGGAACAGGUUCCUUCAGCUCAGCAGAGGGUUGUUAAAAUGUGUAGGCAGCUGAAUAAGCCAGUCAUUGUUGCUUCUCAACUCCUGGAGUCUAUGAUUGAGUAUCCUACACCUACACGAGCUGAAGUUGCUGAUGUUUCUGAAGCUGUAAGGCAAAGGGCUGAUGCAUUGAUGCUUUCUGGUGAGUCUGCCAUGGGGCAGUACCCAGAAAAGGCUUUAACUGUUCUAAGAAGUGUGAGCCUAAGGAUUGAACGAUGGUGGAGAGAAGAGAAGCGUCGUGAAGCUAUGGAGCUCCCGAAUGUAGCAUCAUCUUUCUCGGAUAAAAUCUCAGAAGAGAUUUGCAAUUCAGCUGCAAAAAUGGCUAACAAUUUGGGGGUGGAUGCUCUCUUUGUUUUCACAACGACUGGUCAUAUGGCUUCUCUUCUUUCUCGUUGUCGCCCAGACUGCCCAGUUUUUGCCUUCACAAGCUCAACCUCAGUGAGGAGACGGCUAAAUCUUCAAUGGGGCCUCAUUCCCUUCCGUCUCAGCUGCUCUGAUGACAUGGAGAGCAAUCUCAACCGUACAUUCUCUCUUCUCAAGGCAAGGGGAAUGAUCCAGUCUGGUGAUCUGGUCAUUGCUCUCUCUGAUUCUCUGCAAUCAAUCCAAGUAAUGAAUGUCCCCUAAAUAACAGGGUAAGUCGAGUGUAUGAUUUGUUUGUUGUAUUGUUUGUUUUGGUUUAUAUCCUUUGUAUGCCUUGAACUGAUACCAUUUAGAUGGCUUAAUUUUUGUGAUUUGUGGGACCUCAUCAGUUUGUUCCAGUUUUUGAUAUUACUUAUAGCCAGAUUCAUGGUUGUUCUCUCU